GCUCACAGUAAUGUAAUCCCGUUCGCAGAACUGCGGUCUCGUGAUCUCUCGCGAUGGUUCACACACACGCUAUUGCUGAGCUAGUGUUCAGGUGGAGCAGCUGUCGAGUUCGACUGGAGGUGGACGUGGAGCUCAGUAAGCAGAAACAAGGUUGCUGUUGACUGUGAACACCAAUCAUGUCAGAGCUGAGUGGGAAGGUCCAGACAGUCCUGGGUCUGGUGGAUCCGGACCAGCUGGGCCGCACCAUGACCCACGAGCAUCUGACCAUGAGCUUUGAGUGCUGCUACUUCCCUCCUCCUUCAGGCGACGAGGUGGUGGCGGAGAACCCGUUCCACAUGCAGCACAUGCACUGGCUGAGACAGAACCCCUACAGCUCCCGCGAGAACCUGCUGCUGCAGCAAGAGACCGUGGCUGUACGGGACGAGCUGUUGGCCUACAAGAAGGCCGGCGGGGGCACCAUAGUGGAGAACACCACCACGGGCAUUGACCGAGACCUUCCCACCCUCAGGCAGAUGGCCAGGGACACCGGGGUCCACAUCGUCGCAGGAGCAGGGUACUAUGUGGACUGCACCCACACGGAGGCCACCAAGAGAAUGAGUGUGGAGAAGCUCACAGACAUCAUUGUCAGCGAGGUGCUUCACGGUGCCGACGGCACAGACAUCCGCUGUGGCGUCAUUGGAGAGAUCGGCACCGGCUGGCCCAUCACAGACAGUGAGAAGAAGGUACUGAGGGCCACAGCUCACGCUCAGGCCCAGCUCGGCUGCCCCGUCAUCAUCCAUCCCGGGAGGAACCCUGCAGCUCCGGCUGAAGUCGUGCGGAUCCUUCAGGAAGCCGGAGGUGACAUCAGCAAAACUGUCAUGUCACACCUGGACAGGACCAUAUUUGAUGAAGGUGAACUGCUUGAGUUUGCAAAGCUGGGGAGCUACCUGGAAUAUGAUCUGUUUGGCACAGAGAUGCUGAACUACCCGUAUAACCUGGAGGUGGACAUGCCCAGUGACAGCCAGAGAGUGAAGACCUUGGCGUUCCUCGUAAAGGAGGGCUACGAGGACAGGAUAGUGGUCGCACACGACAUCCACACCAAGAACCGUCUCACUAAGUACGGCGGCCACGGCUACUCUCACAUCCUGAGGAACAUUGUGCCGAAGAUGCUGAUGAGGGGCAUCUCGCAACACCAGGUGGAUAAGAUCCUCAUCGACAACCCAAAACGCUGGCUGACCUUCAAAUAAAGCAAAAAAGAAAUGAAGAAGAAAAGAAUAGAAAGAUAGACCCAAAGAUGGCGAUUUGAUGUUGAGAUUAUUUUAUCUCCAGAUUUGCACCAGACAAGGUAGAAUUUGAGAUAUUUGCAAUAAUCCCAGUCCAAACUCAUUUCUAAAUUUGCUUUUGGACCCUCAAACCAAUGAAGACAUUUUUCAGAGUGACAUAAUGUUUAAUAACUUUGUCUUUCCAAAGUUGCAAAUUAAUUACAGGCUAUUGUUUCAAACGACUCGAGAGUUUUUUUCUUUUCUUUUUUUUUUAAGAGGCCCUUGUUAAUUAAAACUUGAUUUGUGAUUGUACUUUAUUCACUUUGUAAGCAAAUUAUAUAAAGGAAAAAUGCAUGAUUGCAGUGCCUCAUAA